UGUGUCAAUGCUGAGUUUAAAUCUUCUUAAAUAAGUUUUAGUGGGAUAGACUUUUAUUUUAAUGUGGCUAAUUUCGUUCUAGAAAACGACAGAAAGUAAAUAAAUCCGAGCAGAUUGGUUUCUGGGUAAUUGGCCUUCACUGACACCUGCGUCUUCUCCAGCGUUUCUUUGGACUCGGUGUUAACACUCGAGCCAACAUUUUACCCGACUUAUUUUAUUUUAUUCUUUCAAACAACCUCAAUAAAAUCUAAAAUAAUUCAAAUGGGAAAGCUGCACUUCUACGUCCUCAGUUCCUUGCGAGAAGCCCCCCGUCAGUUCAUUUGCAAAUCCAACCGGAAGUGCUUUCAGGCGUACGUCCCGCUGCCGCUGCCUCAACAUUUGAUCGUUUUCGGCCUUGGAGAGUGGACAUGUGAGACCAAUCUUUCAGUAGAGGUCGUGGUGAGUGAAAAAGUUCAAGCCCAGGAAAUAGGAACGUUGUCCUCUAAAGCAAAGUGCCUUACCUGGGAAGGUGAAUGGAGGGAGGAUAUUGUUACAGUAGGUGCUGAGAGAGGCAGGAGAGGAGUGUAUGGCAAAAUUGUGUUGAGAGUCUUUGGAGAGGUUGGUUUGCAGGAUACCAGCAGGGUCACUAGCAGUACACCACUGGCUAAGAGGAAAUGUCCGAUCUUGGAGAAACACAACGCCACAGAUUUCUCUGGCACAUUGCAUCCAAGUGCUGAAAAUGAAACCAUCUCUUCCAACUCCUCACACCUGGGAGAAAGUGUUUGCUUUGCUGAAAUCCAAGUUAAUAAAACUGACAGGAAUGACUCUGCUUACCCUUCAGUUUGGCCCACAGAAAAGACACCCAGACGCACAGUCAUUAGCGGGAGUGGCUGUCUGACCUGGAGCUGCGAGGGUAAGAACGGUCUCGGAGGUGACGCGGACCGAGCCUCGACCCCCGUCAAGAGGAAACUGUCCAGGAUGAACAGCCAAGAGGAGUUGUGUGUGCAAAUCAAAAGCGAAUGCAGACAAGUUUCAGUGCGUCCGUCAGAACGCUAUUGCCAUACAAUGUGUCUGAGUGACCCUGACACCGCCGUUCUCGUUGGAGGGGAAUCGGCAGAUCAGAACUACUGUGCAGACUCCCUGUGGAAGCUCGAGCUGGACAGCAACUUCUGGUUUCCUUUGAGCUCCUCUGCCGCUGAAGCUGCGCCCACAUGUGCUCGAGGACACUCUGCCACCUAUGACCCAGACUCUAAGGCUGUUUUUGUAUACGGUGGCCUGAGGGAGAACCAGCGCUACAAUGAGCUCCACAUCCUUAACACUUUGACCUGGAAAUGGAAGAAUGUCACUGCGAAGGGAAAUGUGCCACAUUUGGCAUACCAUUCAGCUGUGUUUUACAAAAAGGAGCUGUUUGUCUUUGGAGGAGUUCAGCCAAGUCACGCCUUGGGGGAUAAAUCCUGCACCAAUGCUUUGUACAUCUUCAACCCAGAGUAUGAGCUCUGGUAUCAACCCAUUGUGGACGGGGACAAGCCUUUGGCUCGCUUCGGACACUCGUCCACACUUCUUUCUCAGAAGCUGGUCAUAUUUGGUGGACGUAAAACAGCGGCCUACCUCAAUGAUCUUCAUGUUUUAGAUUUAGGAUUCAUGGAGUACACAGCUGUGAAGAGUGCCAACAUGCCGCCAUUGCCUCGAGGGUUUCAUGCAGCACUACCAGUGUCUGAUAACAGGAUUCUGGUGAGCGGAGGCUGUAGUGCAGUGGGAGCUCUCCAGGACGUACAUAUCUUUAACAUGGACACGUGCAUGUGGAGUUCGGUGGCAUCACCUCUGCUUUGCUCCAAGCCUCGAGCUGGACACAGCAUGAUCGACUUGGGCAGCACAAUCCUAACUGAUGUUGAGGGGAACACGCAGCAUGGAAAUGAAAAUCUCCUGUGUACUGUGCUGGUGUUCGGGGGCUCUGACUGCUCCGGCACCUUCUACAACGACACAGUCAAGUGCACUCUGGAGAUCCGUAUUGACAAGUGAUGAUUUUUAGAUGGAAGUUGUAUGAAAUGAAAUAUUGUCUUCUCUGACUCUUAAAUUAAUUAAUUCUGUGUUUAGGCAGCAGCGAUCCUUGAGGUUUUGUAGUUUGCACAUCAAAUCUCACAUCUGUGUGUUUUACAUAAGUAUUUUAUUCUGUUUACAUGUAUUUAUGAAUGAUUAAAUGUUCUAACAAAAACUUUUUAUACAAAAUCAUGUUUAUUGUUGAGGUUUGCUUCUUAAAUGCUUGAUUUUUCAGUUUUGUUUAUGCUUGAAGAUUAGCAGGUGUAUCUGGCUGCUGAGACGGGUGGCUCACUUUGAAAGCUUCAAGCUCCAGUAAGGUCUCAUUUAACCUUCUGAUGGUCGGAUACUGCCCCAUGUCCACUUUGAACCUGCAGAUAUGUAGAGGAAACGUUCAAGCUUUAGUGUUACAAUAAUUUUAUAAAGUCAA